AUGAAGAGAAAACCAAAACGCCGCCUAUCCAUAACGGACUCACACGCCUCUUCUAGCACUUCUACUUGUACGCGCCCAAUUGCCAGUAACAUUAGCUCUUCUUCUCGGCCUCUUCACAAACGUUUUCGAGGACACGCCACACGAGGUACACCAGUGCAUGCCUCAUUCGUAAGUGAUCCUGUGUGUACAGAUCAUUCAGAAACAUUUGACGACAACAACGACGACUCAGAAGUUUAUCGAAAGUAUAGAAACAGCAUGAAUGACACUGUCAGUGGAUCUUGUGGAAAUGAGAAAGAGAAUAAAGAAAAUGAAGAACGAGUGGAAAAUAAAGAAUGUGGGGAAAAUGAGAAGGAUGGGGAGAAUACAAAAGAUCUUGAUAAGGAAUUGUAUAAAGAGAAUGGAGUAGGGAAAGAGAGAGAGAAAGUGAAAGAGAAUGAAAAUGAAAACGAUAAAAAAGAAAAAGGUAAAGGUAAAGAGAAAGGCAAAGAUAAGGAUAGAGACAAAGAAAGAGUCAAAGAGAAAGGUAAAGAUGCGAAAAUCCGAGGUAGAGAUCGCGAAAGAGAAGCAACACAAGAUCGAAGCGAGAAGAUAGAGUUGCGGGCUGCGCUGGAGGAAAUAUUGGAAUUGAAAAAUGAGAUUAAAAGAUUACAAGCAGAAGUAUCGUUCAAAGAUCAAGUGAUCGAAAGCUUACACGCUCAAAGCAAGAAGUCUAAACCCGGUUUGACGUGUGUAAUUUGUGUUGAGUAUAUGAGUAAUCCGUGCACAAUAUCUUGUGGGCAUACAUUCUGUUACGACUGUUUACACGAUUGGCUAAAAAUCCGACGUGAAUGUCCAACCUGCAGGAAGAAAAUAUCUCAACGCCCUACACUUUCUUUCGUCGUAAAAGAACAAGUAGAAACUUACGUUGAGCAAUUGGCUCCUGAUGAACGCGAAUCGGCUAAGGCUCGUCUACGUGACAAAGAGGCUUCUCUGAAAGAACAGAGUGAUCCCUGGCGUGAGGUGUUUGGAACUCACUCAACAGCAAUUAUUGUGGACGAUGCUGAUGGACGCCCAUACCGAUUAGAUGAAAGCGACCAUGACCUAGGCCUUGACAGUGAUGAAUUCGAUGAUGACGACGAUGAUAGCGACGGACAUCUCUUAUACUUCUAUGAAAGAAAUUCCUUCAGCGGUGGACGGGACAUCGACUCCUAUUCGGAGAACGACAGCAUCCCGGGUGUCUCAUCAUCCCGGGAAUCGGAUCCAUAUGAUACAGAUUCGACGGAUCGAUCGUCCGGUCCGCAUAGUUUCAUACAGCAGCAAUUUCGGACAAUGUGGAAUCAGGAGACACAGAUAGAGCCUAUAUAUACAUCCCCGCAAAGCUCAAACAGACAUCGUCGUUUGCCUUUAGCAACGUCAAGGAAUUCGUCCAGGCGUCAAGAUAACGAGAAUACCCCUCGUGGGAGCGAAUCGUCUGAUGGAUACCACCCGUCUUCGUUGACAGUGUCAGAUGAAGACGAAGAGGAGGAAACUGAAGAGCAUGGACGUAAAUCUGCUCGUUACCCACUUCGAUCAAGGAAUUAUUCUAUUAUUUCAGAUGAUACUUCAGACGCACCUUGCACUCAUCUACCUCUUUCUCAAGGCACACAAUAUCGUUUAAGAUCUCCGAUACUAGCAGCAACUACUCGCGGAUCGCUGGGAUCAUCUCACGAUGACAUACAUUCUGAUGAUUUGGAAUCGGAUGAUGCAGACGAUGAUACCUCUUCCAAUUCUUCGGAUGACGAUAUUAGCUAUGAAAGCGAGCAACGCUCGUUGUCCACUCCGGUCAGUGACGAUGCAGAAGAUUUUGGUGUACAUAACAAUCGUCAAGUACGCAGUAUUGUCGCAAGACAAUUUCGGCCAUAUUUAAGCGGAGAAAGGUAUGCAUCCGAUACUCGAAGCAAUAGAUGGAUGACAAGAGGAUAA